UCAUGGAUAAAAAUCCAAGGUAAUCGGAGCACAGCAGAAAAAGUUUUGUAAAAGGACAUGUAGACAAAAGAGGUGCUGCUGAUUUCACCGAGGUUUUGUUUGCAAAAGUGAUUUUGUUUAUAUUGGUUAGGUUAUUGUAUAAAAGUGCAGGGGUUGAACCGACGAGCACACAAGCAAAGGACGGUGGCGCUUCAGGGAAGAGGUGCUGUGAGGAAGAUCUCUAUCUCUCUCACACAAUCACAGCCGCACCCGAGCCGCAUCCUACAGCAUUUCUAUCUACCUACUCUGCAAUAGCAUGGCCAGAUCUAGUAAAGCGACUUUAGCUUUGCUCAUCUACGGAAUCAUGAUGCACUACAGCGCCUACUGCACGCCCAUGGGGAUGACUUUUCCCAAGAUGAGACUAGACAACGAUGUAUUUGACGAAGACGGAAACUCGUUAAGCGACCUGGCUUUUGGCACUGAUCAAAUUGCUAUAAGAAGUCCUCCAUCUCUCACGGAUGACCUGUACACACUAUACUAUCCGCCAGAGAAAAGAACGGAAAGGCAUGCAGAUAGAUUAUUAGAUAGAGCCUUGAGGGACAUCCUGGUUCAGUUAUCAGCACGAAAAUAUCUGCAUUCUCUGAUGGCAGUUCGCGUAGGCGGAGGAAGCAGCGAGGAGGACGAAUCGGAACCAUUAUCAAAGAGGCAUUCGGAUGGGAUCUUCACCGACAUUUACAGUCGCUACCGAAAACAGAUGGCCGUCAAGAAGUAUUUAGCAGCCGUCCUGGGAAGAAGGUACAGACAGAGAGUUAAAAACAAAGGACGUCGAUUUGCUUAUUUGUAGCGCUGACACAACUGCCCCCAGCUGCCCCUCCAUGUGUACAUUCAGUCUUAAGAUCAAAUUCAUUCUGAUAUAACUGAUUAAUCAGUCUAUCGCGCCUGUGUUCUUUAAACAUGUAUUUAUGUAUGAAGUAAAGCCAUUAAAAUGAAUAUUUUACUAAUAACAUUGUUUUUCUUUUUGUACAAAAGCACUUGAAAUCGCACAGUUAUACUUUGUGGACCAACCGUUCAGUUUCAUGUAUAUAGCUAUAUGUUAAAAAACAAAAGAGAACAAAUACCAUCAGGAGAAAAAAAAGAAAAAAAAAUGUGCACCUUGAACAUUAUGCGCCUGAUAUCUUUUCAAAUUCAUCAUCAUAUGCAGAAAAUAAAUAGAUUUUAAAAAGACAAUCAAAGUUCUGAAUGUUAUACUUAUUUUUGUAAUCAAAGAAUAGAGUCUUAUUUUAUCCAAAGUCUGCCCAGGAAUGUAUCGAACAUAUUGUGUAAAGUACAGGGCUGUUUCAACUGUUGUGACUUCCCCUUAGAAAGGGGGAGUGGGAGAGAGAUAUAUAGUAGCUGGCACAAUUCCCUCUUUCUUAGCCCACUCAUUUGUAAACUGUACUUCAAAUCACCUGUCUUCUCCAAAUGGAAUGUGUCCUGAAUGUGUUUGUGUUUGGAGCCAGUUACCAGUAUGCCUGACUGGGAAAAAAAAAGGACACAGGAGUAACUGUAGUAUUGAUAAAUGUUUGUUUUUUGUUUGUUUCUUGGUGGAUUUUCUUUCUGUUGUUUAUUUUUCUUCCUUAUCCCAGUGCAUGUUAUACAAUGUAUACAUGCAUGCCUUUUGCACUUCUAUGUUUCCCAUCCAUGCUCAUUGUAUUGGUCACUCCAUCAGAAAUAACACUAGAUCCGCCUCAGAGGAAGCUAGAGUCCAAAAAACAACAUAAGAAAAAAUUGAAUCAAACUGAAUCUAAAAGAAGAAGCCCUUAUAUUCAAAUGCAUGCUCCAUUGAGCUCCUAAAACGUGUUAUGGAAUUGGCGUGUCGGUCUCUCUCUCAGUUCUAUGAAUGUAUUCAAUGCAUUUUUGAAUGGCUUUGCAUCACUUCUGACCAAAUUUUAUUCUUAUGCCUUAUUGUAAUGCAGAAGCUGUGAAUGCUUUGUUGCGUCUCUGCAGUUAGACUAAACCAGUAUCGAGUAACAAGUCAUGACAUAAUGAUCAUCUGAUGCCACCGCUCUCUUAAAAUUCAGUUGAGAAAUGAAUGUAGUGGAUGGUCCCUAUGACUUAAUUGUGAAACCUUCUUUAAUGGUGCGUUCGCUCUUUAAUUCUGCUGAGAUAGGAUGUAGUAUGCUUAACCGUUUCAUUCAUCACCUCAUUGUAGAUCUAGAAUUAAAAGAUCAGUCGUGUUAAUGCUUAGCUGUAAUUGCUGCUGAUGACUGAGGGAAUGUGAGGCUGAGAGAAUGAGGAGGCCAACAAAAGCGAAGGGGGAGGUCCGUGUGAACUUCAACGUGAUGAUUGUCAUAUUCAUUAUCCUUAUUGCCAGAUAAUGCUAGUGCAUGUUGAAGAUAGCCUUUUUCUUGUAUGUAUAGAUGAGGUACACCCAUCACCCUUAGUGAGGGAUGCACUGCAAAACCAUCUAUUGUUUGUCAUUUCUUCCGCCAUAAAUUUUGGUUAAGCCUGUAUUGAAUUCAGCAUAUUUCUCCUGAAAUGGAAAUCAGGUCUUAUUCAUCCACUAAUUCAAUAUGUAAACCGUUGUCCCAGGCAUGAAAUCAAUCUUUCUUCAAUUUGGCAUCGUCCCCCAGGCUUUAUGUGAGUAUGGAUGCGUCUCUGAGAGUGUUAUGCGAGGGGUGCGCGUGCAUGUAGGAAGGGCGGGAGGUGGGUGGGCGAGUGAAUGUGUGUGUGAACAUAAUGAUGUUAUGAAAGAUGAUAUGGGUUUUGGCUUAGGUGCCUUGUGACAACUUACGAUAAAAAAAAUCGCCACUUAUCAAGGAUGGCAAUUUUAGUGGCCCUACAAUGCUGCAAACUAUUAGGUUCCAUUUCACAAACUCCAUCUUUAAUUUUCCUCUCCUUUUCUUUUAGAAACUUGGUUUCAAACCUGAUUCUUUAAUUAGAGCUGAAAAGCAUGGCCAGCAUAUAUUGUGAUCAAAUCUAUUACUGAAGUAGUGUACAUGGUAAAAGUAUUAAUUGUCUGGAUUGUUUAAGCUGAUGAAUGUGUGUAAAUGUGGCAAGCACGUGUUUCUGUUUAGCUCUACUCAUUGUAGCUCAAGGCCCAUGAAGCCUAGCUAGGUUUUGUGUUGUUUCUUGUUUGCAUAGCUUGAGGGUUAUUUGACAGUGAGUGGAAAACCUGCUUGAACCCAGGCCACAGCACAGCCUGUUGUGUACAUUUCUGAAAGCGCCAAAAGCCUUAAUGUGAACGUUUUAUCUAUACCUGAAACAUAUAUGUGACAAGUGAAUAUUAGCAAGUGACAUCAUCCUAUAUUAACACAUAUAACUCCUUAAGGGGGUGACAUUUUUAAAUGUUAAAAAAGUGUUGUAAGAUUUGUAUGAAUAAAUUUUUGUAAACAACACAA